AAUUCUCUGCUUGAUAUUUGUAUAUAAGUUAGCAACUGAAAUACCACAACAACCCAAAACUCCUCUCCAGCUUUAUUUAUAAAUCUCAUCAUCAGUGUGUGCUCAAAUUAUAAGCAAAGCCAUGAACGGUCUAGUCCGCGGCGCCACCGCCAGUUUGAGCCGGCGGUUCGACGGUUAUGAGCCGCUGGAUCGAGUGAUGAGAAGUGCAAGCAGGCGUGAUGUUCGGCUGAGGAGAUCAAUGUCGUUUAAGCGUGAGAAAGUGGCACAUGUUCCAUUGAGAAAUAACGAGGACAGAGCCAAGCAAAAGCGGCAGAUAUUUCUCAACUCCUACAAGUUUGAGUCACCCAAAAAAUCUCAACGCUCAAGGUGUAUGAAGCUCAACAAGGUGGCUUGUAAGGUUAAGACAGUUGUGGGGAAGCUAGUGUCGUCGUUCUUCCGAAUUGGAGGUUUCCGAUCUUGUAAUUGUCGUUUGGCCAUCCAUGCCUCCUCCCCAAGACCUCGUAGGAAUUGAUACUAUAUAAGCUAAAAAAGUAGACCUUGAUUGCAUGAGUAAAUAUUCUUUACAACUAAAGUUAUAACUUUGAAGAAUCACCGAAUUCCUUGUAAAAAGUUUUUUUUUGAGCUAUUAAUGAAUUGUUAAUUAUAAGUAGUAAGUUGGGAAAUUCAUCGAAACUCAUUAUUUAUGGAUAAUAAGGUGAUCAAUUUGAUUUAUGCUAUUCUCUAUUAAUUUGGAUUCA